GAAGGCAUGUCAUGAAUAUUAAUUAGAUUGACUUCACAUGGCGAAGGAUUGUCUAUUGAAUAUUAAAAAGCUAUCGAUGACGUUCUCGGCAACCAUCCAAUAGGAAGAAUCGGCUCGUGAAUAUUAACAACGCCUUCGCCCUAGUAAAAUCCACAAACCCGGAAAAGCGAAGAGAGAAACAGGAAUCCCUUUUAAAUCCGCGGGUCGCGAUUGGCGCGCGCUCACACACCUCCUCGCCGACACCCGUCCAUCCAUCAGAACCCUGUACACAAAUAGACAGUGAUCCCAGCAGGUGGUAGUCAAGCUAGUAGGUGAAAUUUUCCACUACGACCUGAUCAGUGACUUACAGUUGGCGCAGAGCUCGUCCCGACAGCCGAGUUUCUGCUACGCUUCUGCUGCAAACUUACGCGCAUCUGAUCGCAGGACAGGCCUGAGCAACGAACCAGCUCUGUCUGCUCGACCGAACCCGAGUUACCGCUUCAAAACAGGCUUGAGCUCAUCUAAAGGGAAGGUUUCUGUUGAAGCAGUGAUGGACUUCCUUGCUGGCUGUUUAGGAGGUGCUGCUGGGGUGCUUGUCGGACAUCCUUUCGACACAGUUAAGGUUCGACUUCAGGUCCAGAGUGUGGAUAAACCCCUUUACCGAGGAACUUAUCACUGUUUUCAAUCCAUCAUACGUCAAGAGUCAAUGUUUGGCCUUUAUAAAGGCAUUGGUUCCCCCAUGAUGGGCCUGACGUUCAUCAACGCCAUCGUCUUCGGCGUUCAGGGCAACACCAUGCGCAUGCUGGGCGAAGAUACGCCCCUGAACCAGUUCCUGGCCGGAGCGGCGGCCGGCGCCAUCCAGUGUGUGAUCUGCUGCCCGAUGGAGCUGGCCAAGACCCGCAUGCAGAUGCAGGGAACAGGCGAGAAGAAGUCGUCCUCUCGGAAGGUCUACAAAAACUCGCUGGACUGCCUGGCGCGCAUCUACCAGCGCGAGGGUGUGCGCGGCGUCAACCGAGGCAUGGUCACGACUCUGAUCCGAGAGACGCCGGGCUUCGGCGUUUACUUCCUCGCGUACGACCUCCUGACGCGCUCGCUGGGUUGCGAGCCGGAGGACCCGUACAUGAUUCCCAAGCUGCUGUUCGCCGGCGGCAUGUCGGGAAUCGCGUCCUGGCUUUCGACGUACCCCGUGGACGUGAUAAAGUCUCGGCUGCAGGCCGACGGAGUGGGCGGGAAGUACCAGUACAGCAGCAUCAUGGACUGCACCAGGAAGAGCAUCCAGCGUGAAGGCUGGCGAGUUUUCACGCGCGGACUUACUUCCACUCUCCUCCGGGCUUUUCCGGUCAACGCCGCCACGUUCGCUACGGUCACCCUCUUCCUUUUGUACGUACGCUCGGACGAAGCUCCUAAAGAUUGCGAAACGGCUCCUCAUCACGCGCCGUUGCAGCAACAAGCGCAACCGUCCAGCCUGUGAGUAACCUCGUCUUUGACGUAGUAUAGCACUUCCCGAAUUACGUUACUAAUCAAACAGUUGCUGUGCAGUGAGCACAUCUGGAAUUGCACAACCUUUCUUUCUUUCUUUCUAUCUGUACAAUGACUUGAUUUGUAAAUAUAUUUUUUUAUAUUCAAUGGUCAAGCGCGUUCCUUGUUUCUGCCUUACAAGAACAGCUGAAAGUAAGAAUCCGACGUAUGAAAGUAAGAAUUUGCAUGUUGAUGUAUUCAACAGCUGUUACUGUUGGCUCCCUUGGUUUUUACCUGGCAGAACUAGAAAAACUUGCUUUGAAGUUGCAAAUUUUUGCUACACUGAAGAGAAACGAGUGUCUAAACAAAUCCUCCCAAACCCUAUUUAUUACAAUCAUCAACUUUAUUCUGGGGGGACGCCAUUCUUUAAAAGCAAGGCUGUGAUGUGUAGACAUAUAGUCUUAUAGGUCAUUUUGGUCCACUGAAAAGUAUUUUUGUCAACUUUCAUGGGUCAUUCCGUGUCAACUCAACCAGAGGUCCUCGGCUCAAUAUUUUUUAUGUAGAAAAACAAACAUAAAUAGCGAUGAAAGCCAAAAUAUUAAAUGUCACAGAUGUGUAUUUACUGAGUAAUCCACUAUUUUGUAGAGGAGAGUCAAAAUGACCAUUUUCAUCUGAGAUUUGGAGUCAAAUUAGAGGGGUGUAAAAAUGACUUUAGAAAGAUGGAGCAUCAUUAUUUUAUUUUUACACAGAGAUUGGUAGAUCUAUUAGUAAAAUCUGUUGACUUUAUCAAUCUUUGUUUCAUUAUAUGCCAACAGUGACAGCUCAAAAAUGGCCUUUCGAUCACUGAAAAUGGGAAAAAAAUCAACAAUUUGAACAUGGAGCUGCUUUGAGAUCCUCAUAUCUUUUGGACUGAACUAUAUAGGGCCUUGAAAAUGAAGAUUUCAAAAGAAAAGUUUAUUAAGAACCAGAAUCUAAAAGGAUAUUAAGAUAUCUUGAACACUUUUAGAGUUAACUUGAGGCAAAGAAACACAAGAAGUGCUUUUGAGCUGUCACUGUUGGCAUAUAAUGAAACAAAGAUUGAUAAAGUCAACAGAUUUUACUAAUAGAUCUACCAAUCUCUGUGUAAAAAUAAAAUAAUGAUGCUCCAUCUUUAUAAAGUCAUUUUUACACUCCUCUAAUUUGACUCCAAAUCUCAGGUGAGAAUUGUCAUUUUGAUCCUCCUCUACAAAAUAGUGGAUUACUCAGAAAAUACACAUCUGAGACAUUUAAUAUUUUGCCUCUCAUCACUAUUUAUGUCUGUCUUUCUUCAGGGAAAAAAUUAACAAAAUCAAAAAUUUGAGCGGGGGAAGUUUCUGAAAAUUGACACGGAAUGACCCAAAUGUGAUUCUGGCACUAAUUUAGUCUUUAUUAUGUUUUUACCACCUUUUACUGGAAGCUGCUGGUGAAAUUGCCUGAAAGGUUGUGAUAUCUUGGCCUAGUGUUAAAUUCAUCUCAUUUUGUGCAAUGAAUAUGGUAGACACCAAAUUAUGUUUGCUAAUCUUUCCGGAAAGUUUCUGUUUUCUACUUGAAUUGUAUUGGCUUGAAUAAUAAUGAUUUUUAAAGGACUCGUGUACAAAAUAAGAGGAUGAUCCAAAGGUUUUUGUCCACAAAUAAAAUUCGGUCCCCUCAGUGAGUACUUUCCUCAUCUCCUGCCUAUAGUUUGUAAUGUAUGACCUACAAAAUGAAUGCAAUAUUUGCAUGUUUUUCUGUAAUGUAUUAAAUUGUUGGGAUACAGGUUGUAUCUGGCCCAGUGUAACUAUCUAUACUGCUAUUAGAAUGAAAAAUGCCCUCAUGUCUUUUGAUUGACUGUAAGUUAUACUGUAAGAUCAAUAUAUUUUAUGUUUGUAUAUACCGAGGCUUGAAUUUUCUCUGCAUAUCGAAAGAUGUGUAAAUAGAAUUGCGUAUGUUUGUGCUGACUAAAACAUGCAGUUGGAAAAGAAGCGUAUAGAACGGACAGAAUGGGCUUUUAAAGAAAUGCUGCUCUUUUUGUAACGGUUAUGGAUUGUAUUAAAUGUAAAUAUAUAGUAUUACAUUAAAAAGGGAAGUUUAGACUGAUGCAUUGAAAACUAAAUAUGUGUGAUUUACCUGUGAGAAAUGUAAAUAAAUUGUAUUUUAUGGACUUGCAGAAGUACUGAAGUGAUUUUAAUUUGAAUAGCUUUAGAUUUUUCUUUUUCUAGUUUGUCGUUACUGCUGUUACUGCUGAAGAGAUGGUCAAAUGUUUGUCCUAUUUUUGUAUGAAAUUCUGUGCUGCUCCCAUUUGAAAUGUGGUUGACCUGAACCAACUUUCAAACUGCUUUUGGUCAACUAAAAUAAAAUGUGAAAAUAAAUGGGUUAACUGA